UUGAGGGAACACUCAUGAGCACGUUGUUGGGCAGUGAACGUGUGGCUCAGGAUCCUGGUGGACUGUUCAUAUUGGGCUGUGAGACCACUUAUUUUCUGUGAUCUCACUUCGGAUUUGAGUGGGUAUGUUUGUUCAAAACCUUUAUGUUUUGUCUCAUAAUGGCGUUUCACAUUGCCACUUUUAAUAAGUGCCACGGUUUCUGAACAUAUAAGACACACUGGUUUUGUGCUCCCUGUGGGAAGUAUGAACAGAAAUGAGUCUGUCCAUUCCGGAUUAAAUGCUCUAUUUUCGCUGUCAACUUUUCUUUUUUUGGAGAGCGACAUUUGUUCCUUAUGUUUCUCUCCCUUUCUCUGUCUCACUCGCCUUUUUCUCAACUUUCUCCGGCGCAGUCGUCCGUUUCUCUCCCUUUGUUUUCUACAUGUAUCGCUUUCUUUUUCUUUCUACCGUCUUUUCAAGUGUAACCUGCCUCUACUUUCUCAUCUGUCUGCGUAGCGCUGUCUGUUGAGACGUAAUGUUUACCGCCGAGAAUGCAUAGAUUUGAUUGGCUGAGUGGUAUCACGUGGGAUGGCUUAACUCGCAUGCAAUUGGUCUGUGCGUUUCCGCAUCCGCUAAACCACUACCGUAAAGACUGCAAAAGCUGCGCCGCGCCGCCGGGUAAAAAAAUUAAAACACCCCGUCAGGUUUUAAAUCAUAACCUUCUGUUUUGGCUGGCGGUCCGGGUCCGGAUGGGACGGCCUCUGGGUCCGGACCCGGACCGCGGUCCGCCAGUUAGUGACCUGUGGUCUACACCUUCACAGAGCUAUAUUUUAUUUAUGAUAAUAUACUGUAUCUAAUUACACAAGGCCAUUUUAGGACCUAGGUGAAAUAACUGUUUAGGGAAAACUGCUUUUAAUGCUGGCAUACUAACCAUUUGUUGUUACUUUGUAGAUAUUACAAUACAUUUGGAAAUGAUAGCAAUGUUGUUGGACUUUAAAAGCAGUGUAUAUGGUUUGGCACAGGCAUAUUUUGAGUUCUGAUAUUGGGCUUGUUUUUUGGGCUUGUUUUAUUGGCCAUUGGGCUGGUUUUGUCACACAGACCUGGCAACCCUGGCUGCAGGUAAGAGGCGGAGCCACCCUGAAGAGGAGAGCUGCUGCGUCACACCCCGGAAACCACACGUUGGUCCGGCAGAAACACUGCAGCGGAGACGAGUCUCUGCUUUUCUCUCAAUUCAAAGUGACUUCAUCAGAGUCUCUUACAAACACUGAUAUGGCUUCUGCAAACUUUCUGCUGUCUGAAGAUCAGUUCCUGUGCUCCGUCUGUCUGGAUGUGUUCACUGAUCCAGUCACAACACCAUGUGGACACAACUUCUGCAAAAACUGCAUCAAUGAUAACUGGAAUACCAACAACCAGAACAUGUGUCCACUGUGUCAAAAGGUUUUCUUCUCAAGACCUGAGCUGCUCGUCAACACUUUGUUCUCUGAGAUGGUUUCUCAGUUCAGACAGUCGACUCAGCAGAAAGCCAGCAGCAGCAGCUCAGAGCAACAAGAGUCCAGACCAGGAGAAGUUCCCUGUGACGUCUGCACUGGAACCAAACUGAAGGCCCUGAAGUCCUGCCUGGUGUGUCUGGUCUCCUACUGUGAGACUCACCUGGAGCCUCACCUGACAGCUUCACGCCUGAAGAGACAUCAGCUGAUGGACCCUGUGGAGAACCUGGAAGACAGGAUGUGUCUGAAGCACGAUAAACCUCUGGAGCUGUUCUGUAGGACCGACCAGACGUGUGUCUGCAUGCUCUGCACUGUGUUGGACCACAAGAUGCACAAUGUUGUUCCUCUGAAACAAGAAUGUGAAGGAAAGAAGGUGGAGCUGCAGAAGACAGAGGCUGAAACUCAGGAGAUGAUCCAGAAGAGACGCCUGAAGAUUCAGGAGGUCCAACACAACGUGAAGCUCAGUGAGGAAGAUGCAGACCGAGAGAAAGCAGAAGGUGUUCAGGUCUUCACUGGUCUGAAGGAGUCUGUGGAGAGGAAACUGAACGAGCUCAUCACUACGAUAGAAGAGAAGCAGAGAAGCACCAAGAAACAGGCUGAAGACGCCAUCAGAGAGAUGGAACAGGAGAUCUCUGAUCUGAUGAAGAGGAGCACUGAGGUGGAGAAGCUCUCCCUCUCUGAAGACCACCUCCACCUCCUCCAGAGUGUCCAGUCCCUCAACAUCCACCAUCCACCACCCACCAAGGACUGGUCUCAGGUCAGUGUUCCUCCAGCAUCACAUGAGGGGACUGUGAGGAGAGCUGUGUCUCAGCUGGAGGAGACGCUCAGUAACAUGAGGAAGACGCUGGUUGCUGAAGUUGAGAUGAAGAGGGUCCAGAAGUUUGCAGUGGAUGUGACUCUUGAUCCUGAAACAGCUCAUCAUGACCUCAUCCUGUCUGAUGAUGGGAAACAAGUGAAACGUGCUCAGGUACAGCAGCCACGUCUCCCCGACAAUCCACAGAGGUUCUCUUCUUUUCCCUGUGUUUUAGGAACACAGAAGUUCUCUUCAGAAAAACUUUAUUAUGAGGUUCAAGUUAAACGAAAGUCUGACUGGGCUUUAGGAGUGACCAGAGAGUCGAUCAACAGGAAGGGAGACAUCACACUGUGUCCUCAGAACGGUUACUGGACUAUAUGUUUGAUAAAUGGAAACGAGUAUAUAGCUCUUGAUGGUCCUCUAGUUCUUCUCUCCCUGAAGUCUGGGCCUCAGAAGGUGGGGGUGUUUGUGGACUAUGAGGAGGGUCUGGUCUCCUUCUAUGAUGUAAAAGCUGCAGUUCUCAUCUACUCCUUUACUGGCUGCUCCUUCAAGGAGAAACUCCUCCCAUUCUUCUGUCCUGGUAAUUAUUAUGGUGGUAUAAACUCUGCUCCUCUGAUCAUCUCUCCUGUUGGAGUAAACUAAUCACUUCUCUCACGUCCUUCAGGGAAAACAUUUAAACUCAACCCUGUGUGGUCUACACCUCAUCUUCUCCACCUCGUCUUCU